AUGGCAACGUUGAUAGCGUAUAGAUUAUCAGAGAAGAAAAGCAUAAUACAAUCUGCGAUAUUAACCAUAGAGCUUCUUCUCUUAUCAACUGGACUAAUCUCUACUUUUUUCAUGCUCAAAAAAGCUAUAAAUCCGCGCUACUUAUUUGACAUGUUUCUCUUUAACCUGAAGGAAGUUUUUACUUGUUUAAAGAGCUUCUUGUCAUCUCCACUUUAUAUCUGCCUCUUUAUCAAUUCUGUUGUCAUUCUUAUCUUGACUUUCUCCAAAUUUCACCGCUCCACAAUGGACUUUCUUAAUAUUUUUCUAGAUGAAAAGAAUGUUGGUGCUGAAAAUAUGCAGAUUCAGGAUCAUGAGUCAGAGUCACCACAAUUAUGUUCACCACCACAACAUCAUGAGAAAGAUGACAAGCCGAAUAGAUCUAAUUCUGCUAUUGCAAUGGACACAGUUAUGUCCUUUUUCAGUCGUUAUAAUAAUUCACAUCCUGUCUUAGAAGAUAUUGAAGAUGAGAUGCCGUGUAGUGUGAAAGACAUUGAAAUUGAUUGUGUACAAAAAAUGUCAUUUCCAGACAUUUCUCAUUUGACUCAAGCCCGUGAAAUCAUUAGUCCACUUUCAACAAAUCCAGUACCUCAACCAACUAUAAAAACCAACUAUACAACAACCUACACCAAUCAGCAAGAAAUGACCAAUCAAGAAAAUAUUGAAGAAUUAGAGGAAGUGAAUGACUCAUUGGAGGCAACAUGGAACGCGAUAACGGGAGGAGGAAACAAGAAAAAUAAGAAACAAGUAGUACUAAAGAAGAGUGAGACAUGGACAGCGGAGCCAGAGGCAAGGGUAGUGUCAUCAGCACAGAGCAUUGGAUCCAAAGACUUGUUGCCAUCAGUGGCUUCGGCAUGGAAGGACUUGAGGAAGGCAUUAACUUUUAACGAUGCUUUAUCGGUGUUUAGACGAGGGGGAUUGAGAGGGGACUUUAAUUCCGUCAGUGCAGAGGAAUCCAACAAAAGAUUUGAUGAUUUCAUAAAGAAAAUCAACCGUGAGAGAAUGUUGCAGAGGCAAGAAUCUGAUCAGCGUGCCUUUAAUAAUAUGCUAAACCGGGCUCGUUAA